AUGCGUCAAUCUAAGAUUGUCAGAAAUACAAACGAAACCAAGAUUCAAAUUUCUUUGUCGUUGGAUGGUGGUAAAUUAGACCCUUUACCAUCUAUUAUUGACGAAAACGCUUCAAAACAUGCGACAAAACAAACGACAAAUUCACAGUCGAUAUAUAUCAACACAGGUGUUGGGUUUCUCGAUCACAUGAUCCAUGCCCUCACAAAACACGCAAAUUGGUCUAUUUUCUUAGAAUGUCAAGGUGAUUUAUACAUUGAUGAUCAUCACACGGUAGAAGAUGUGGGCAUAGCACUCGGAGAGGCAUUCAAACAGGCACAUAUGACGAAUCAAAAGAAUGUAAAGAGAUUCGGAUACAGUUAUGCACCAUUGGACGAAGCAUUAUCUCGUGUUGUUGUAGAUUUAUCGAACCGUCCUUGCUCUGUAGUGAAUCUACCUUUCAAGACUGACAGAAUCGGUAAUUUAACUACUGAGAUGAUCCCACAUUUUCUCAAUAGUUUUGCACAAGCUGGUAACUUCACUUUGCACGUGGACUCAAUAAGAGGUGAUAACGACCAUCACAUCAGCGAGAGCGCAUUUAAAGCUCUAGCAUUAGCGUUGAAAACGGCACUUUCAUAUGAUGCUCAAAACGAAAUGCCCUCUACGAAAGGUGUCCUUUAUUAG